AUGAGCGGAACCGCUACCUUCUACGAAGCCGGCCUUGGUAACUGCGGCUGGACCAACUCCGGAUCGGACAUGAUCGUGGCCGUCUCCAACUCCAUGUACGCUGGCGGCUCCAACUGCGGCAAGAAGCUUACCGUCACCAACCAGAAGACUGGCAAGUCCCAGCAGGCCACCGUCGCCGACCGUUGCCCUACCUGCGGCGGCUCUCAGGACCUUGACAUGUCGUGGGGUCUCUUCUCUGCUCUCGGUGGUACCGCCAACGAGGGUGUCUUCCCCAUCAGCUGGAGC